AUGAAGUAUUUCUUAUUUAAAUUGAUAUUAUUUAUUUUUUCCCUAGAUUUUUCAGAUGAAAAAAAAAACAUCAAUGUAAUAAAUAAAGAAUUGUACUUGAAUAAAGUGAAUGAUAAUAUAAAAAGAAAAAUUAACUAUAUAUAUUUUUUAAAAAACAAAUAUUCAGAAAAAAAAGAAAAAAAACAAAGAAAAUUAUAUAAAUUCCUAUUUAUAAAAAUGAAUAUUAAUUUUAUAAAAAAUAUGAAUAAUUUCAAAUUAUAUGUUCGUGGAAUAACUAAUAUCAAGCCGAAAACAAAUAAAUCAAUAGCUAAACGAUUUAAAAUAACAAAAAAUGGAAAACUAAUUAGAAAAAAAGCUGGUAGAAAUCAUAUGUUAAGAAAAAAAACUUCAUCUAAUAAAUCUUCAUUAAGGAAAAGAACUACAAUAGCUUCUGGAAGAAUAGCAAAAAAAUAUAAAAGUGUUAUUUUUAAAUAG